AUGAAGCUGUCGCUAUCAUUAGUUCGCCAGGUGUUUUCGUGUCGCAGACUGCACAGCACAACGCUGUUGCGUCAGGCGCCGAUCCCGAUGGUAGUUGAUCAGGAUGGACGCAUCGAGCGAGUCUACGACAUCUAUUCGCGCCUACUCAAGGACCGCAUCAUCUGCGUUAUGACACCGAUAAACGAUCACGUGGCAGCUUCGGUGAUUGCGCAGCUUCUGUUUUUGCAAGGUGAAAGCGCAAAGAGCACUAUAAAUAUGUAUAUUAUGUGUCCCGGUGGCAGCGUAACUGCCGGUUUAGGCAUUUACGACACAAUGCAGUAUGUCAGUGCGCCUGUAGCGACCUGGUGUAUUGGUCAGGCAGCAAGUAUGGGAAGUCUUCUACUUUGUGCCGGUGAGAAGGGAAUGCGCACAGCGUUGCCUAAUGCCCGGAUCAUGGUUCAUCAGCCCAGUGGUGGUGCCGAGGGUCAAGCGUCGGACAUCUUGAUUCGAGCCGAAGAAAUUGGCAGACUCAAAGCACGACUGAACAAAAUAUAUGCUAAACACACAGGACAAGACAUUAAAGUGAUCGAGGAAGCUUUGGACCGUGACCGAUUCAUGAGUCCUGAGGAAGCCAAGGAUUUCGGCUUAAUUGAUCAAAUAGAAACCACUUCUUUUAGCGCCUGA